UUGGUUUUAUCACUAAGGCCAUCGCACUUUUGGUUUUGAGAAACAUCAUUUUGCUGGACCGCUUUUUCUACCUGUCAGAAUUGUUUAGUAUACCACGAAGUCCUCCAGAUGUACUCAUAUUAAUUCAAAGACAAGAAAAUUUUUAAAGGUGAUCUACAGCAUUGAGAAACCGAUCCGAAUCGUUCAUUUGGUUUAAGGUAUUGCACUGCAGACGGAGCGGAAGAGAAACGUUCGUGUGACCGCAGUGAUUUCAGUCGUGACCGGGAUCUGUCGGAAAUAAUUUCGGCGCCAAUAUAUCGUACGACGUUGUCUUUGACUACCGGGCCUUCAGUUGGCAGGAUUCUGCUAAGGAGAGAUUGCAGUAUCAAGAAAGAAUUGUGGAAAUCUCUUUAUAUCCAGUGCAGACGCACGUCGGCACACAUUCUGAAAUCCUCCACACGCUAUGAACAGAGGUGGUGGCCGUGCAAGAGCAUCGUGCCCCUCUUCUAACAAUAGGAAUCGUAGCCAUUUUCACGGCAAUCAUAGUCGAGGAUACUUGAAUCAUCAAAGCAACCUUUCUGCAGCUCGAUUAGUUCAAUUUAGUUCUACUCCAGAUAUUUUACCUAACACUGACUUUCACAGGCAGCAGGUCCAGUUUUUAACAGGGCAGAACAGUGAGGCACCACAGUACAGGAGGCAGCCAUUGCUGCCAGAUGCAUCAAUACCUUUCCCUCGGCAAGAGCAACCUGUUCAGUUGCCAACAGAGAGACACCCUACCUUCAGUCAAGAAAGCACUAAUUGUAGCUCAUGGUUCAACCAACAGGCCUAUCAUUCUAGGAACCACUUUUCAAAUAAUUACCACAAUAAGACUCAUAGAAACAGACCCUUCAGCAAGAGGAGGCAGCAGUUACCAGUUAAUUCCCUAACUAAUCAUUUUCAUCAACUGUCUAUUAAAGAGGAAGACAACAAUCAAGAUAUUUUGGGUAUAUUGGAAACUCUAGCACCAGGUGAAAACAUUCCGGCCUUCAAAAUUGCCAGGCAAUUAAAAAUUAAAAAGAAAGUUGUCAAUAGAUUCCUCUACUCUCUUAAAAGUCAAGGUCGUGUCCAGAGUGAAGGAGAUAAACCUCCACUUUGGAGUUUAGCUCCUUUAAAGGUAGAAGGUAGGGCAGGGCCUGCAGCUGUACAGUCAGGAGAAAAUAUAACAUUGGAUACUCAUUGCUGUGCUGUUAGCACUCAAAGUGAAGUAUCUUCAGUGGUCUCCUCACAGAGUUUUGAAGAGGACAAAAGUAACGAAGAAGAAGAAGAGGAGGAGGAGGAAACCUGGGAGGAAGAAUCUGAAAACAGCAGCAGUAGUGAAGAGACACAGACAGAAAUUCUCAACAUGUAUGACAUUAAAGAAAAAAUAUGUGAGUACCUGUUUAAUGCAGGUAAAUCUACUGCUCUCAGCAUAUCAAAGAACCUAGGGUUUAGAACAGCAAAGCAAGUAAACUCCACUCUCAUUGAGCUAGAAAAUCAGGGUGACUUAGAUAGGGAUCAGACCAAGAGCAAUACAUGGGAUCUUACUGACAAGAAGAGGGAACGUAUGAACCGGCAUAAAAAAGCUGCUGAUGUGCAUGGGCAACAAAUUUCUGCAGUGGCCACAGGACAAGUUCAUUUUGAGUCCUCUGACAUUCUUGAUUGCCAGUCCGCUAUUGACAGUUCAACAGAUGUGGGAAAUGGACAGCUUGUAGCUGAAUCCUCUGGAUUACCAGCUUUGGAGUCUAACACGAGUGCAAGCUCAACCUUGGCAACACCUCAAACAGCUGUUUGCAACAGCAUGGAGGAUGGUCAGUGGGCUUCUGAUGACAUUCCGCCAUACCUGAAUGCUAUUACUGCAGAUCCAGGAUUCCCUCGCAGCAUGGUACAAGGAGGUGGACCUCUGCAGAAACUUCUAGAGGUGCGCUGUAAAAACCCAGUUAGUGGACUUAUUGAAUAUGCACAAUACAUGGGUCAAAAUUGUGAUUUUGUGCUGCUGAACCAGACUGGGCCCUCCCAUGAUCCCAGAUUUCAGAUGCAGGUACUGCUGGGUAAUCGGAGAUUUCCAGUAGCAGAAGCAAACAGCAAGAAGACUGCAAAGAAGGAUGCAGCAGCAAGUGCCAUGAAACUGCUUCUUAAGGAAGCAGAGGUCAGCAGCGAGUCAUGUGAUAUCUCAGAUUCAGACAGUAUGGAGCAUGUCACAGGAGCCGAUAUAUCAGCUGCUGAAGACCCAGUCCAAUCCCCUACUUCAAAGUAUGUACCUGUUGGGAAAAAUCCAAUUAGUAUGCUAAUGGAGUAUGGACAGAAGACUGGGAACUCCUGUGAAUUCUUGGCUGUGUCCCAACAUGGUCCCUCUCAUGAUCCCAGAUUUACUUUCCAGGUGAAAAUGGGUGGUAGGCUAUUUUCUCCAGUUGUGGCAAAUAGUAAAAAACUUGCUAAACAGUUAUCUGCUGAAGCAGCAGUACGUGAAUUAAAGUUGGAAAGUGCCCUUAAUUUCUCCACCAUCAAACCACAACCAACUUCUGAGCCUCAGGAUUCAAGUUCUCGUGUGGAACAGUGUGUUUCUUUACCACCCCUGACUGUACAAGAACUGGAAGCUGCCCAUGCUGCUGGAGUUGGUGACCUUAUCAACUACCUUAACAAGAAUGCUAUCAGUGGUUUAUUGGAGUAUGCCCGCUCUAAAGGUUUUGCAGCAGAGAUCAAACUUGUAGAACAGUCUGGCCCCGCACAUGACCCCAAAUUCACAUAUCAGGCAAAAGUAGGAGGUCGUUGGUUUCCUGCAGUCAGUGCAAACAACAAGAAGCAAGGGAAACAGGAAGCAGCAGAUGCAGCACUAAGAGUACUCAUUGGGGAAGCAGAAAAGGCAGCUCGCACUGGAGAAUUUAUACCCGAGCUUCCGGUCAGUGGCAGCACAUUACAUGACCAAAUUGCCAUGCUCAGCCACCAGCGUUUUAAUUCUCUUACAGCACGCAUCCAGCAUAGCUUGCUGGGCAGAAAGAUACUGGCAGCUAUUGUGAUGAAGAAGGGAGUAGAGACCCUGGGCUCUGUUGUUAGCAUUGGGACUGGAAACCGUUGUGUUAAAGGGGAAGAGCUGAGCCUUAAGGGUGACACAGUUAAUGACUGCCAUGCUGAGAUAAUCUCACGAAGAGGUUUCAUUAGAUUCCUGUUUGGUGAGUUAAUGAAAUAUGACCCAGCAUCUUCUGAAGAGAGCAUCUUUGAAGAAUCAAAGGAAGGCCGAUUAAGAAUCAAAGAAGGAAUCACAUUUCACCUUUACAUUAGCACUGCCCCCUGUGGGGAUGGAGCUCUUUUUGAUAAAUCAUGCAGUGACCAGGCAACUACCUAUACAGAUUGUCAACAUCAUCCACUUUUUGAGAAUAGCAAGCAAGGCAAAUUGCGUACCAAAGUUGAAAAUGGUGAGGGAACAAUUCCAGUGGAGUCGAGUGAUAUAGUGCCCACCUGGGAUGGUAUUCAGCAUGGGGAGCGGCUACGGACAAUGUCCUGCAGUGAUAAGAUCCUGCGAUGGAAUGUUCUUGGAAUGCAAGGGGCACUUUUAAGUCAUUUCAUUGAUCCUGUGUAUCUCAGCUCAGUCACCUUAGGGUACCUGUAUAGCCAUGGCCACCUGACAAGAGCGAUAUGCUGCCGAAUGUCAAGAGAUGGUGAUGAUUUCCAGAAGGGGUUGCCACAACCAUUCUUAGUUAAUCACCCACAGGUUGGUCGUGUCAGUGUGUACGACUCUACCAGACAGACAGGCAGAACAAAGGAGUCAAGUGUGAAUUGGUGUUUGGCAGAUGACCAGGCUGUGGAAGUACUUGAUGGGACCAAGGGAAAAGUAGAUGGACCAAAGCUGGAAGUUUCAAGAGUUUCCAAAAGCAGUUUAUUCAAGCUUUUCCAGGAAAUGUGUAAAAAGAUGAAACGACAGGAUCUGCUUGCUCUGCCCUCAUAUGCAGAUGCUAAGAUGGCAGCAAACACCUUCCAAAAAGCCAAGAGUCAUUUCUUCAGUGCUCUAGAACAGAUGAGUUAUGGAAAUUGGAUUCGUAAGCCACUGGAGGAAAAAAGCUUCUCUAAUGCUGAAUUAUAAAAACUCUGAUUAAACCCACUACCCAGCACCACCUCAGGUUAGAGGAAUACUGCGCCGAAGUCACAGAUCAUCCUGCUGAGUGUCAGACUGACAGACUAAAUAUUGUUUUUUUUCUGUGUAUUUCAGUUCCAAUAACUGGGGCAUUACUUUUGUGAUACAAUUUAUUUUAAAAUGUUUGCUUUUAGUUCACUUGUAAGAAUGGUUUGAAUUGCGAAGAUAGACAGUAAAUUGAUAAGGCUUUAGCAUAAGUCAUUGAAUACCUGGCAUUAAAAAGCCUAAAGACACUAAACACAAUUUAAAAUUUAGUGUAUUUACAGGUUGUAAAUGAAAGAAAAGUUUGAACAUGUUCAGAAUUGUACAAAUAUUUGCUUUUCAGGACAGGUUUAUCUUCUUUCGAUUGAAACAAUCAUUCGGAUUUUCUCCUUUAUCAUGUUAACACUUUUCUUGCUGGAAUAACUGUCUUCUGCGGUAGAAUGACUGUUUUAUUUUUUCUUUCCUAAUGUCACUUGAAAAAAACAAUAAGUGAUGUCUGUUUUGUGCAGAUGUUUAAAUUCAUAUUUGCUGGGACAUAUUUUUUAAUAACUGAAAAAAUGUGAGUUAAUUGAUUAUUGAGUUUUAUGUUCUGGAUUGUCUCAUUUUUUAGCAGAAUCUACCAGUCAAAGUGAAAAAUUGUAAUGCAACAUCUACAUUUAUGUUUAUAUGAAUAAGUCAAUACUGGUAUGAAUACAUUUUUCAAAGAGGAUGACUUCUGAUAAAGUUUUUUUUCUUCUGCUUUUAAACCUUAGAAAUUAGUACCCAGUUACUCACUGCUUAAAUGAGAGAACUCAGACCAAAGAAAUUUCAGCAUAAGAUGGCCUGUGUAAUUUUGGAAGCUGAAUGCUCUGUCCAAGUGAAGUACACUGUGAUUCUUUUUGAGGAGCAG